UGCACGUCCACUCUGACGUCAGCUUCUUCAGGAAGGGCCAUCCAUGCAUAUGUGUAUGCAACGACGACUUGCAGAAAGUAUAUUACAGUGAGACUCUGCAUCACUGGCAACAAGAAAGGAGCCGGAGGUGUGCACAAUAUGAAGGCGACGCCCGACUUCACUGUCAUCGUCAUACUACUGGCCUGCACGUCGCUGUGCUUUGCCGGUUCCUCCUUUCCUGGCGGUGAACAAAGCUACUACGGAUACGGUAUGUCCAAUAAUGCAGAGGAUGACCACUAUGAGCCACCACCUCAGCCCGAGAGAGGACACCUCUCGAAGACAGACGGUGACCCGCUGUACCAGAUUGAGGAGUACGGCACGGCACCUGAUUAUGUUGCCAAUAGAUCCGUCCUUCCGUCGGACGAUGAGAAUGGACGAGCAAAUGAUGAAGUCACUGAUACGAGUGCGCCGCGACAGGGAAGGCCUGUGACGUUAACGAAGGAAGAAAUAAAAGAAGCAUUCCAGGCUUCGUCUUCACGGGACGACAUCGAGUACCCAGCCCUGGAUUACCGGAAGCACCCACCCGAGUUUCGCCACCAGCAGAAUCUGAAGCCAAAUGAAGACGCUUCCGAAUUGGACAAGGCACAGUACGUCUACCAGUAUGCUACCAAGUACCUCAUGGAGAAGAAAGGCGCUCGCUACGAGGAGAUCCGAGACGCUCUCUUGAGGUCUGACCUGAGGGAUGUGGAGGAAGUGAACAAGUACAGGCCCAUCUGCAAAAAACUGUACGAAGUUGGAUGCGACCCCAGUUAUCCCUACAGGAGCCUGGACGGAACCUGUAACAACCUUCGCCAUCCGACCUGGGGGAAAACCAUGUCAUGCAUGCCUCGCAUCUUAGCGCCAGCCUACGAUGACGGUCUGUCAACUCCGAGAAGCCGCAUGUCAUCGGGACGGCCACUUCCCAAUCCUCGCGAGCUGUCGAACGCCAUGGGUACAGUUGAUGGAGAUGCCGUCCCGACUUCAAGGAGGCACACCAGCAUGUUAGCAGCAUUCGGACAAAUGUUGGAUCACGACAUCGUGCUCACUCCUGAGACUCGAGGCCGAAACAUGACGUCCAUCCAGUGCUGCCCAUUCGGUUCAGCUAAGAAUGUUCCUUCAUGCUAUCCAGUCCACGUUAAGGACAACGAUCCGUUUUACUCUCAACAAAAGAUCGAUUGCCUCAACUUCGUGCGGUCAUCGGGGUGCACAACCUGCACUAUUCAUCCACGAGAACAGACCAGUCAGCAGACAGCGUAUGUGGACGCGUCUCACGUUUACGGAGCAUCCCAAACGAACAUGGAAAACGUUCGUGAUGUUGACAAGCCAGCGCUUCUGCUAAUGAGACCCGAAAACCAAUUGCUACCACCUAGCCUAACUCCAACAACAGAUGGUUGCAGUGACCUUAGCCACAACAUGUUCUGUUUCCGAGCUGGUGACAGACGUGUUAACCAGCAACCGGCCAUAGCCAGUCUGCAGACGGUUUUCUCUCGCCAACACAACCGCAUUGCGGAGCAACUGCAGAGGAUGAACCCCCACUGGAACAAUGAAAUGAUCUAUCAGCAGACACGGCGAAUCCUUGGUGCCCAGAUGCAGAACAUCGUCUACAACGAAUUCCUGCCCGUAGUCCUGGGUCCUGCCUACAUGCAGCUGUAUGCACUUUUUCUCAGGCAUCCAACCUACAGGACCCAGUACAACGAGCGUGUGCAUCCGGGCAUCAUCAACGAAUUCGCGACGGCUGCGUUCCGGUUCGGUCACUCUCUCGUCAAAGACUUCAAAUACAUCACCACUGGCGGGAAUGAAGAUGUGCUGGACCUCAAGAACUACUACUUCAACGUCGCAGAGUUUUACGAUAAGGGCAAAGUAGACGACUUCCUGCGAGGUUUGUCGCGCCAGUCCGGGAAGCCAUACGGUCACGUCAUGGUGGAAGACGUCAAGCACUAUCUGUACCGCAACACGAGCAACUUCGCGGGCCUCGAUUUGGCCUCCAUCAACAUCCAACGAGGACGCGACCACGGCCUUCCAGGAUACGGACAUUAUCUGUCUUGGUGCUCGGGGAGGAGGAUUGAGCGCUUCGAAGACGUCGCCCCUUUCAUGACGAUACCGAACAUCGAGCAGCUAAGAAAGUUUUAUGAUUCGCCGCACGACGUGGACCUUUGGGUUGGAGGCCUGUACGAGAAACCCGUAAUGGAUGGUACAGUGGGGACGACAUUCGCUUGCAUCAUCGGGCUGCAGUUCCAGAACCUCCGAUACGGGGACAGAUUUUUCUUCACGCACACAAACAGGAACGUCUACAAUCCAGCUAUAGCCUUCACAGAUGCGCAAGUUGAGCAGAUCUACCGUAGCAGCUUGGCCAAGCUCGUGUGCGCGAACUCAGACUCGCCGGAUAUGCUGCACAUUCAGCGAUUCGUUUUCCUGCCAGUGAGCCGAGAGAAUCCACUUCUCCGCUGUCAAAGCUUACCGGACACGGACCUCCGGGCUUGGAAAGAAAUUCGUCGUGGAUAACUCCCAACAUCAGCUGACCAGGGAAUCCGCAGUAUUGUAUACCUGUUAUAGUGUUUACACAACCGAAUUGAUCCAUAUGAAUAAAUGCAGCCAAUAUGCA